AUGAAACUCAUCAUCGCUGGCGCCACGGGCUACACCGCGACCGAGCUCAUUCGCCAGAGCUUGCGGCGGCCCGAAGUCACGUCCGUCGUCGCUCUCGCGCGCAAGGCCACACCUGUGCCUAGCGACAUCGCCCCCGGCAGCUCCGACGCCGCCAAGUUCACCAGUGUCGUCGUCAAGGACUAUGAAGGCCCCUACGACGCCGACGACCGUGUCAAGACAGCCCUUGCCGGCGCUGACGCCUGCAUCUGGACCGUGGCCAUUACGCCGUCCAAGUCGUCGGCCUAUCCAUUCGACGAGGUGCGCCGCGUCUGCCAGACGAGCACGCUCGCCGGCCUGCGGGCGAUCUACGCCGCGCGGGGUGGCAGCACCAAGACCUCGCCGUUCCGUUUCAUGUACAUGAGCGGCAUUGCCGCCGAGCGCGACCAGACCAAGACGCCGAGUUUCAAGCCCGAGUACACUCUGAUGCGAGGCGAAACCGAAAACCAGGUACUCGCCUACGCGGCCGAACACAAGCCCGACGUCGAGGCCAUUAUCGUCAAGCCCGGUCUAAUCACCAGCGGCCGCGUCGUCCAAGACUGGAUUAUGGCACCGCUUCUUGGCUUUGUUGCCGGUGUACCCAGCAUCCCGUUGACCGUUCUUGCGUCGGUCAUGCUCGAUGCAGCAAUCAACGGCGCCAAGACUGACACACUUAUGCACCAGGACAUGAGCAAAAUUGGCAAGGAGCUUGUCGAGAGCGGCAAGUCUUCGUCGUGA